AUCAAGUUUCUUCACAGUAAAGCAAGAGACAAGAGUAAUCUUAUUUUUCACAAUGGAAUCUGUUCAUUUGAUUGCUGAAGAAUGGAGUUCACUUAGUGGACAGUACACAACUGAGGAAUCUGAUUUCAUGUCUGAGUUUCUUGCUGGUAAUAGUAACUAUUCUGUCUGUGGAAAUGGAAACACCAAUUUUGGUAUGCCAACUUCUCUUUGGCCUACUCAUGAAUCCACAAUACUCACAGUUACUGAAACCAAUACCAAUGGAACCUAUUCCUUUGAUCAUGCAACAAACAUUGACUCCUUGUCUAUGCUUUUUUGCUUAGGAGAUACUUUUCAAUGUGAUCAGAACUUAAGCAUACAGAUAAAUGAUUGCAUUGAUGAAGGGUCAGGUUUAGAGCCAGUGAAACUUGUUCUUGCUGACAACAACAAUUUGCAAGCUAAGAGAGAGCAUGAAAUUAUGGUUUCAGAAGAGAAUAUAACCAAAAACAUUGAGAAUCCUGCAAAAAGACUUAGAAGCUCAAUAGAGGUGUCAAAAAACAUGAGGAAUGUUAGCAAGUGUAAAAAAUCUGAUUAUGUGAACAAUGAAGAGGAUCUACAGUGGAAUGGCUCUAGCAACUGUUUUUCUCAGGUUGAUUCAAAUGUUUAUGUGGAGCUAAAUGGAGGAACAUGUAAUUCAAGUUUGAUUCCAAAAGAACCUCAAGCACCUAGUUUAUGUAAAAAAUCAAGAGCAACAAGUGGUCCUGCCACUGAUGCACAGAGCAUUUAUGCAAGAAGGAGAAGAGAAAGAAUAAAUGAAAGGUUGAAAAUCUUGCAAACACUUGUGCCAAAUGGAACUAAGGUGGAUAUUAGCACUAUGCUUGAGGAAGCUGUGGAAUAUGUGAAGUUUUUGCAGCUUCAAAUUAAGCUUCUGAGCUCUGAUGAUAUGUGGAUGUAUGCUCCAAUUGCUUACAAUGGAAUGAACAUUGGAUUAGACCUCAACUAUACUUCUUCAACUAAAGGAAGAUCAUGAGUUAUGUGAUAAUAGCAUAGUUACAAUUAAAGUGGAGGAUAUAGCAUAGAUAUUUUUGUUAAUGAUAUUUAUAUUAUUUGUAUUAGAGGCUUACAAACUAACCAAGCCUCAUGCACUGUCACAGUAAUUAAUCUUGGUUGAAAAAUGAGUCUUGCUAGCUAUUGCAUAUCUGGCUGGAUUAUUGCCCUGCUUAUAAUAUGCCAAUUAUGAACUUUUAUAAUGAAGAUAAUUAAUGUAACAGCUUUGGAGGGGAUCUCAAUUAUAAUA